AUGUGUUUGGGUCUGGCGAAGACGGUGGCAACCAAGGUGGUGCUUCGCGCUGGAGGAGCCUCGGAGCAAAAGCCCACUUCGGCGAAUCGGUGGGACCAUGCAUUUUAUCAGUCUGGGUAUAUUGGGUCUUCGGUUGUCUUUCACAACGGCGAUGCACGGGACGCGGUCGAGACGCUGCCGCCGCAGCAGCUGAACGAUGCACUGGCUGUGUCUUUCUGCGUCGACUUGCCGGAUGAAGCUUCUGUGGAGUCCUGUCGCGCUGUGGUCAGUCUAGUGGCGUCCUUGCAGUUGCAUCGCGAACAAUUUCUCGCUCAGGCGGAUAAGCUGAGGGAGACUAAUCCUGUCUACGAGAAGGGCGUGAAGCAGAUCGACGAACAGGAGGUGAAGUCGCUCGCGCCGCCUCCUGUUCUGGACUGUGUGCUGCCGGUGGUAGUGGGAGAGGAGGGCCCAGGCAAGAUCGCGGGCACAGGUCCGGAGACUGCCACAGAGGGGCUUGCAUCUUUGCUAUGGAGCCGCGUGUGCAAGAUUUCAACGCCGAGCAACACGGAAGUGUCUGCCUGUGUGGCCCAAAUGAUGGAGAAGUUGCGCGAGUUCGAGCGAGCAGGUGAGCGGUCAGUGGCAAAGGAGAUGGAGGCCAUGAUAGACGGCAAGUGUACGCUGUUAGAUGAGCGUGUGAGACGUCGGAUCUUGCAGAUAUAUCAAGAGAUUCACGCGUCUUGCAAACAGCUUUCGGCUGAUGAUCGACGUCGUGUGCCGGAGCGAGAGUUGGCGGUGACUCGAAGGAGCCGGAGUCUGCUUUGGAUCCCGGGCGGGGGUCGUACCAUUCCGCAUUUGUAUGUGACGCGUGGAAAGAAGGCCUUGAGUCUGUGGGAUUGGAGAAUCUGGACCAUGGCAAAACCUCGUCUUUGGCGCUACGGAGAUGCUGGCAAUCUUUAUGACCGAGACACUUUGCUGACGACCACUGACUGGGCGGCUGCACUUCUGCUGCGUGAGGAGUUGGAGUAUGACGUCGGGCCAGAGAAAGGCUACAAGAGUCCUGUCCAGAAUCGGAUCCUGCCGGAGAAUGCCGGCUUAAAAUCUUUAAAUGAUAACACGGUUCCUGGGGUGGUGCGAGAUGCUAUUACUGCAACGCGCAAGGCGUCCAUGACUGUUGUGGGUACGGAUGGCCGUCGGGAGCUGUGUCGUCACGAAGGUGUCGCUUACAUGGAGACUUUCGAUGACCCAGUCGGUCAGACUGUCCAGUUCGAGCUUUUGAUUCCUUUGUUCUUACUGCGUGCGCUGAACGUUCGUCCGGAUACUUUGGCCUCUCGUGGGACGGGACGUCCUCCUGUUCGGGAAUGGUGUAGUGAUGGCGCGGCUGCAGCUUCCACGGGCGCCGGGAUGGUUGGCCCUAUUCUGGCAUUUCGGGGUGAGAUAGCUUCGGUGCAAGCCGCUCCUCGUUUGUUUGGUGACUUGGAACCUGGUUCGCCGGUGAAGAUUGCGUCCGAGGCCCGCGACAUGAGCAAGUUCGAUGACGGCUAUACCACGAAGCCGAAUCCUGGUUUGGGAAGUGUGUUGGAGAUGCUUCGACAGGGGGUAGAGCGCCUGGAAAAGGCGCGAGCGGAACGAGAACGAGACAGAGACGCCGAAGCCAAACGUUGCGAACUUGCAGGGGAAGAGUUGCCUCGUUACACGUGCAGGAACAUCUUGUUCAGCGAGACACUCAAGACGUUGGGUCGCCUGAGUUCGUCUUAUCGCAGAUGUUACUGGAAGAGUGCUUCCGAGGUGAUCUUUCCGCUGCUUCAACAGCAUCUAACGUAUGCGUCUCAUCGGACUUGGAAGUUAUACACCAAGAAGGCGGUGUUUUUUGCUCUUGCAGCCUUUCGCCGUCUGCACGGCGACUCCGUUGCACAAGCGUGGACUCAGACAGUUGAUCACGGCGAGGCCGUUGUGUAUCGAGAAGGCUUGGACGAUGUGGUCAUGUCAGGACGGCGUAAAAUGCGAACUCGAGACGAGCUUAAGUGCGAGGAGUUGGUGUUCUUUGUCGGUCCGCAGGGACAGAUUUGUCGGAAUGCGCAGGAAGUCUUUGAUCGCGAUCAAGCACUUCGGAGGCUGAAGAAAGUGCACCAACUGACUUUCAUUCAGGACCUUCUCCAGCAGAGUGCGGCGGAGGAAAGAGUGGUGCAAAACGUUGCCCAGGGCACCUGCCCGAACUUGCGAGCAUUUCAGGCGACUGGCGAGGACAAACGCAUCGCUUCUGAGCCUCGUGUUCCUAUGUUCGAGGGUUUCACAGUGCCCCCGUUCGAGUACGAUCGCGAGCAUAAUGCAAUGUACAAGCAGUUGCAGUGUCGACCUUUUGCAGUUUCUGCGAGUCCUCGCAACACUCAGAGCCAGGACGACUUGGUGCUCGAUGCGUUCACUAAGUUGUGCCAGCCUAGACAGAAGACGUCGGAGUCUGCGCGCGUGGCGGUGUUUCCUUCUCUGUGGGAGACUCACGAGGUGCGGGCUGCCAUGCUUCAGCAGCUGCGAGAGAGGCUAGCAGGCAGUGAGUGCGAGCAAUCCGGGAUGGACAGCUUGCAGAACUCGUUCGCCGACUUGUCCGACCGUAUCCGUUGUUCCGAGUAUUCUGCAAUGCAGGCGGUGGAGCGCUUUGCCAACUUGGAAGGUUUGGCCAGGGCUCGUCAUGAGAAACCGAAGAGGCGGCGUGACGAGGAUCAAUAUCUCCUGGAAAAGGUAGCUCAGGUGAUGACUCCGGGCGAAGAGGGAGCGGUUGCUACUGUGAGAGACAUGGGUGCGACGGCGCAUUGGUUGCCGCGGGAGUGUGUGCGGCUCUCAGACCAGACAGUAUACCAAUGGCCCUCGGACUUGUUGGCAGACCUCGUCCAGAACCUGCCGCCGCAGGAGGCUCUCAAUGAAGAUCAGAAAUUGUUCCGGGCGCGUUUUGGCGUGAUCCUGGACGCCGUGUUCAAAGAGGGCGGUUCGGGCAAGACCUACGUCGCGCAAAAGCUGAUUUUUCCGAUUGUGCUGUUUAUCUGGCCCCCGGAAGAUGGGCGAGAGAACCUUGCGGGUGGUGGUGGCAAGGAGAGCAAGCUCAAUCGCAAUUGGCAAUCGUGUCGCGUGCUGAUCAUGGAAGAGAUCUGCAUGAUUUCCGCACUGUUGUUCAACAAGUUGGAUUAUCGUGCCAUGCUGGGCCGUCGCGAGUCGCAUCAUCUGUCCCCAGACGAGUAUCACAGGACAGGUAAUGCUUUCGGCCGCAUUCCCAUCACGCUGUACCUUGGAGAUUUUCUUCAGUUGCGUCCGACUGGGCAGCUUUCUCUGGUGGCAGACAUGGAUGAGAAGGACAAGGGUGGUAAUCUAGUUUACAAUGAUGUGCCGCCGGAGGUGACGCAUGCGCAAGCCGUCUUCGAUCGGGUGCAUGACGUGUUCGAGCUUCGCGGGACUAUGCGCUUCGUUCCUGGCGAUUCUUUGGUGGAGUUGCUCCAGUGUAUGCGUGCAGGUUCGCCUUCCCCGGAGGAGGUGUGGACGGCUUUCACUGCGAGAUGCGUGUCUGGUAAGUUGUUGUCUUUAGAUCAGCAAUUCUUUGACGAGAAUUUCCGCUCUGGUUUCUGCAUGUCGAGUCACUGGAACUCGCUUACUCGCAUGAUGAAUCGUCGAGCCAUCUUAGAUGCCGCUUGUUCUCAGGUCCCUCUUGUGAUGUUGCAGUGUGCAGAUGAGCGUAUGAAUUUGGACACGGAUGCCACUC